AUGACGGAUAUUCAUAUUAGAAUGAAUGUUAACAACACUGAUAAUAUCCAUACAACGGUAAUUAAUAAAAGACCUAUUUCAAUGCUAACACAAGAACAACAAUAUCGUCACAAUGGAUAUGUCGGAGGCGUUAUUAUCGAUCUUACUGACAAUGAUUCUAGCAAAGUAACAAAGGUAGAAUCAACUGAGAUACAGGAAAGGUUGCAAAGCAAUAAAAAAUUUUCAAAUUUUUUUAUUGAUAAAAAUAAAUUUCAUUCCGGAACAUACACUGGUCAGUCGAGAGAACAAUUGUUUCGUAGUAACACAGAAAUUUUUAAUCAAAUUCUGAAAGUCAGAAAAGAUAUUGAUGGUUUAAGAAGGGAAAUUAGAAAAGUAAAGGAAUUUGUGCAGCAUAUGAAUUCCAACAUCUCUAAAUAUGACACUAAUGCUAUGCAACAAUUCGAUAAGGCGACAUUAACAGACAAUUCUAAAGAUGAUAAUUUUCGAUCACAUCAAUUUGCUAAUGGCUUUUGGUCUAAGCGUAAUAUGUAUAAUAAUGCAGCAACUGAGCCAAAUUAUAUUGUUUUUCCACGGACAGAAAGUAUUAUGAAUCCAAUGUUAGUGUCACGCUUGCAAGCUAACGCUGCAGCACCUGCGCUGAAAAACGAGAAUUUGAAAAGUAGUCGUUGGAAUCAAGAUGGCGAUAAUGUAACAAAUUCAACAAAGCUUCCGGUGAAGUUUUCUUUUGAGUCAGAUCAUGAAUUAUUUCUGAAUGAGGAACGUAUCAUAGAGUCUAGCCAGAAUGGGCAAUUGUUUCCAUCGGCAAAAAGUGGAAACACAAGAAAUGGAAAUUUAUUUGUAGCAAAUGAAUCUAACGAGAAGUCAAAAUGCUCAAAUGCGUUGAUAAACAUUAAUGAGAGAUGCGAUGAGAUCGGAAAAAUUCUUCAAAAAUCGACAAACUACGAUCAUGGAAUAAAAAAUGAAACUUUGAUGGACAAGGAACAGAAAUUAUUUCAACUUCAACCAACAACAAGUGCAAAAUUUCAAUUGCUCGUAACAAUACUAUCACCAAGUAGUAAGAAAGAAAUAUCAAAUAUUUCAGUAACAGAAGCAUAUCAACCAUUUUCGAUUACACGAUAUACGGCUCGUUCAAAAAUUAAUUUUGAUAAAGAAAUCAAUAAGUUAACCAAUUUCAAUAGAUCGAAACCAGUGCCAAUAACACAUCAGUUCUUCAAUCCGGUAUCAGUUACACUAAUAUCAGGUCAUAAAUUUUCGCACGCCACCCAAUUACCAUCAUAUUUACCAUCUUCAACAGAAAAUCCUUCACUACUUGAGUUUGGUAAUAAUUCAAAUCCUAUAAUAUUGAGUUUUGCAUCGCCUAUAGCAUCAAAAACUUCAGGCCAUGCAACUGCGAAUCGUUCAUCAUUUUUAUUAUCAUCAACUACAGUUAGCAAUACUAUUUCUACAAUUGUGACUAGUACUGUUUCAACUAUUGCUACAACUACUAUUACUACUACCACUACUACUACUACUACAACUACUAUUACUACUACUAUUAUGACGACGACGACUAUAAUUUCGUCAACAUCGGAAACUGUUCGUCCAACUUUAGGCUUUAACAAGAUUCCGCGACACAAUCUAGAUACGAUGCCGCCGUUAAUUCCACUGAAGCCGAAUUUUUUUGGUAGUACUUUCAACGGUAUAUUUGUUCCAUGGUUUAAUGGCCCCCAACUUACGUUAUGGCCUGAAGGAUUAUUUCGAAGAGGAUAA